CGAUGAUUCUUGAGAAAAAAAUAUUUACAUCUAAUUUAAUAAAAUUAUGGUAAAAAUAUAUACCGUAGCUCUUAUGUAAAUUAAUUUUUUAUAAUAUUAAGGGAAAAGAAAACCAGAUAGAUAAAAUAAAGGUCCAUUCAGUUAAAUUAGCCGAAAAACUCCGAACCUUUUUUAAUUUCCGCAGAAAAGGGGUGACGCAAUAUAAAAGUAUACAAUUUACGUGUAUCUAUGCUUUCACCCCACCUCCUGACUGACCUCUAUAUAUAUACCCCAUUGCUAUAUAAGUUCACAAGCUGGACCCUGGACGUGAUCUCUCUCUCGCCCCCAGAGAGAUAUCUCUCUCCGUCUCUCUCUCUCAAUAGUGAUCACUCAAAGCCUCUCUCCAAACCUUUUAUUCUGGAGGUAACUGAAUUUGCCAAUUGAAAUUUCCGGAAUGACUACUCCUUCAGCAGAUGUGACUCUAACUGAGUUUGUGAAUAAUGUGGAGACACCAUGUACUGUGUCUGAACUUGAUGAAUUUGAUUUCUCGAAAUUCCCUCAACAGCCAAGGCUAUUAAAAAAGGAAGGGGAUAGGCUGGGAAGCCGGCUAUCCUUAGAUAAAAUAUCAUUUUCUGAUCUGAAAUGCUUUUCAUAUCAAAUGUCAUCCGAAACAGACAGCACUUCCAAACUACCCCAUUCUGAUGCCUUGCCUUCUUCCACUGUGAAGUCUGAUUCUGAUACUACAAGUUCAGCGGAGGGGCAUGAAACUUCCCCAAUGAUUUCUGAGGCUUGGGAAGCACUGAAGCGUGCAAAACUGCAUUUUCGCGGCAAAGCAAUUGGGACUAUUGCAGCAAUGGAUAGUUCUGAGGAGAAACUUAACUAUGAUCAGGUGUUUGUCAGAGACUUUGUCCCUAGUGCACUGGCAUUUCUAAUGCAUAAAGAGGCGGAGAUUGUCAAGAAUUUUCUCUUGAAGGCUAUUCGCCUCCAGUCUUCAGAGAAAAAGAUAGAUUGCUUUCAUCUUGGGGAGGGUGUGAUGCCUGCUAGUUUUAAAGUAGUAAAUGACCCUGUCAAGAACAAAGAAACCUUAGUGGCUGAUUUUGGUGAGAGUGCAAUUGGAAGAGUGGCGCCUAUUGAUUCCGGAUUCUGGUGGAUCAUAUUACUACGAGCAUACACAAAGUCAACAGGAGACGAUUCGUUGGCUGAAAAGCCUGAAUGCCAGAAGGGUAUGCGCUUAAUACUGAGUCUAUGCCUUUCAGAGGGUUUUGACACAUUCCCUACUCUUCUUUGUGCUGAUGGAUGCUGUAUGAUUGAUAGGAGAAUGGGUGUAUAUGGGUAUCCAAUUGAAAUACAGGCACUUUUCUUUAUGGCCUUGAGAUGUGCUCAAGAAUUACUGAAGCAGGAUGCUGAGGGGAAGGAAUUUGUAGACAGAAUAAGGAAGCGUCUUGAUGCAUUAAAAUAUCACAUGAGAAGUUACUUUUGGUUAGAUUUUAAGCAGCUGAAUGAUAUAUAUAGGUAUAAAACAGAAGAAUAUUCUCAUACUGCUGUCAACAAGUUCAAUGUGAUUCCAGAUUCUCUUCCAGAAUGGAUCUUUGAUUUUAUGCCACAGUGUGGUGGUUACUUCAUCGGGAAUGUUGGUCCUUCCAAAAUGGAUUUUCGUUGGUUUUGCUUGGGUAACUGUGUGGCGAUUUUGGCAUCCUUAGCAGAUCGUGAUCAGUCCAAUGCAAUCAUGGACCUCAUUGAAGCACGUUGGGCAGAGUUGAUUGGAGAAAUGCCUGUGAAGGCCUGUUAUCCGGCUAUAGAAGGUAAAGAGUGGAAGAUUUUGACAGGAUGUGAUCCAAAGAAUACAAGAUGGAGUUAUCACAAUGGCGGUUCUUGGCCAGUGCUUGUGUGGCUCCUUACAGCUGCAUCUAUCAAGACCGGACGUCUUAAAAUAGCAAAGGAAGCUAUUGAGCUAAUUGAAAAGAGGCUUUCGGGAGAUGGUUGGCCAGAAUAUUAUGAUGGCAAGACUGGUCGCUACAUUGGAAAACAAGCACGCAAGCAGCAGACAUGGUCCAUUGCUGGUUACUUGGUAGCAAAGAAGUUGUUGGAAGACCCUUCUCAUAUGAACAUGAUAUCUCUGGGGGCAGACAUUCCCAUGAAGUUACCGAGGCGAAGAGCAGCCUCAUGCAGUAUUGAUGAUAAAUUGCGGAGAACAAAGUAGCAGGAUUCUGAUGGAUGAAGAAUCAAGAAGAACUGAAAUAUUGUCUGUAGUAUAAUCCAUUACAUUUACAGGUGCACUUUAUUUUUGAGUUUGAAUUUUUAUCAUAGACUACAUUGGUAAGAUCUAGUAAGAAGGACAGUUGAUGUGUCUCUGCGUUUUGCAUGAUCUAACUAUUCUGCACACCGAUGUCAUGUGUAGAAGAAUUCCAGUUUGUUGAGUGAUGGGGGAAA